GCCACGAGCCUGGGAGGAGCGCGCCGCCCGCCCGGUCCCCGCGCCUGGACAAGCGUCCCCACGUCCCGGAUCCGCCAGCAUGGCCAGCGAGGAGCUGGCGCGCAAGCUGCAGCGCCGGCUGCGGCUCCAGGAAGCUGAGGAAGGCGGCCAGGGCGACCCCCAGCCUGCGCCCCUCGCCGUCCCAGCCCCGAGGCUGGAGCCCGAGCCCGAGCCCGAGCCUGAGCCCGAGCCCGAGCCCGAGCCCGAGCCCGAGCCCGAGCCGCCCGCCAGAGCGCCCACAGCCAGCGCUGGCGCGGAGCUGAGCGCCCAGCUGAGCCGGCGGCUGGACAUCAACGAGGGCGCGGCGCGGCCCCGCCGCUGCAGGGUCUUCAACCCCUACACCGAGUUCCCGGAGUUCAGCCGGCGCCUCAUCAAGGACCUGGAGAGCAAGUUCAAACUGUAYGAUGCUGGGCGCGACGGCUUCAUCGACCUGAUGGAACUGAAGCUGAUGAUGGAGAAGCUGGGGGCCCCCCAGACCCACCUGGGCCUGAAGAGCAUGAUCAAGGAGGUGGACGAGGACUUCGACGGCAAGCUCAGUUUCCGGGAGUUCCUGCUCAUUUUCCACAAGGCCGCGGCGGGAGAGCUGCAGGAAGACAGCGGGCUGCUGGCGCUGGCCAAGCUCUCCGAGAUCGACGUGGCCCUGGAGGGCGUCAGGGGUGCCAAGGACUUCUUUGAAGCCAAGGCCCAGGCCUUGUCCUCUGCCAGCAAGUUUGAAUCCGAAUUAAAAGCUGAGCAAGAUGAGCGGAAGCGGGAGGAGGAGAAGAGAAGGCUCCGCCAGGCAGCCUUCCGGGAACUCAAGGCUGCUUUCAGCGCAUAGUCCAGCAGACCCUGACCUCCGCCCACAGCGGUGCCUCCACGGUGCCAGGAGGGAUGGCCCAGCGUCUUUACCCCUGCAGGCCCCUCCAGCCUCCUCCCUGGCCCCAGGCCUCUCCUCRGCCUCACUUGGGUGGCAAGGGGCURCCGCCCCGCCACUGUUCUGCCCCUGCAAGAGGGUCAUGGGAUGGCCAAGUCCCCCUUGCUCACCUCUCUGCCCUCCCCUGAAGCCAGGUUCAGCCUUCCCCUUCCCUUGCUCCACGCCAGUGAGUAGCCUGUUGUGCUCAUUUGUAUAGAAAUUCUUUCUUUUGUGGUCCUCAGAGGACAUGUUAGCUYGCCAUUUUCUUGGGAAAUCCUUCUCUCCUCCCAUUUCUGUUGUCUUUCUUGGUCAGAUUCUGCCAGUUGCUUUUGUGUGGUCUUCUGUAGAGGUGGCAAGAUCCAAGGAGGCCAGGUGGACCACUGCCCACCUGCUCUCCAGCAUGGGGAGCUGCAGCAGGAGGGGACUGGCCUGCAGCACCCCCCUGGCCCUCCCUCUUCACUCCCCUGCUCCGUGUCUCCCUCCUUGGGCGGUUCUGUCUUCCACACCUAAGUGCCUGCUACUCACCUGUGAGAAGGAAGGAGUCACUAGAAGUACUGCUACUGAGUAGAGGGGUUCCAGGUCCACUCUAACUCUGCAGAUCAUAUUACAGUGGACCCCUCAGGUUCCCACGAGGCCAGGGACACAACCAGUGCCUUUUGAAAUCCCCAAAGUCAUGGCCAUCCUCUCCAUYGAGCCAAUUUCCAACAUCUGCUUCAAGGUAUUGAGGUAAAUCUGUUCUUACCCCUAUGAUAGAUUUUUAUAUUUGUGAGUUCUUGGGAUUGCUCACUCGGACCAGGGUCUUGUUGUAUUUUUUAAAAAAAUAUUUCUUAUUGUCAUAUUUAUUACUUCUCUUUUGCAACUUCUCUCUUUAGGGUAAAGAAACCAUCUGCAUUUCUACCUUAAAGCUCUUUCUUUUUAAAUAAACUGUGCAAAUGAAC